UAAAAAUGAAGUACUUUUAUACGUUUCCAAUAUUAUUAAUAUUUUUUAAUCUUGCCAGCUGUGCCAAAAUUUUAGCCAUAUGGCCUUCUAAUGGAUAUAGCCUGUUCAUUUUGGGGCAAGGUCUUAUGACAGAAUUGGCAAGAAGAGGACACGAAGUGAGUGUAGUAAGUCAGUUUGAGCCAAAUGAGAAAAUAAAAAAUUAUGAAACAAUCAAAUUGCCAAAGACUGGUGGAUAUAAUGACAGUGAUGAUCUGAUAAACUGGCCAACAUAUAAUCUAUUUUCCUUGCAAAAACUCUCUCUGGAUAUAGGCCUCAGAUAUGCAGAAGCUUUGUUUGAAAAAAAAAUUAUUAAAGAAUUGAUCGAUUCCAAUCGUACAUUCGACUUGGUCAUCGUGGAUAAUUAUUGUAAUGAAGCUCAUAUGGCGUUUGCCGAACAUUUUAAAGCUCCACUAAUUGUGUUCAGUUCGCAGCCUGUAAGCGAUAUCAAUUAUCAUUUUAUUGGAAAUUUAAAAUUACCUUCAAUUAGUCCUCUUGCUUUAACACCAAAUGAUAAUCAAAUGAACUUUUACGAAAGACUUCGGAAUUCUUUAGUAAGUGUAUAUGAUUUUGUGUACAAAGACUUGGUAUAUUAUCCCGCUCAACAAGCUCUUGUGGAUAAAUAUUUUCCGAAUAAAAUGGAUCUUAAAAAAAUAGUCACGAAUACAGAAAUCAUGUUACUGUUUUCACAUCCUUUAACCACAGGACCAUCAUUAACGACAAGUGCUGUAGCAGAAGUAGGAGGUUUUCAAAUUGUUUCUAAAAAACUUCCCAACGACAUUCAACGUAUCUUAGAUGGUGCUGAACAUGGAGCUGUACUUGUCAGUUUAGGAACAAAUAUACAAUGCACCAGUUUGUCAAAGGAACAGUUUAAUAUGUUUAUAAACGCAUUUCGAAAAUUUCGUCAAAGAUUUUUGUGGAAAUGUUCAGUUGAAAUACCUAAUAAACCGGAUAAUGUAUAUUUAUUCAAAUGGAUGCCACAAACAGAUAUUCUUGCUCAUAACAAUACCAUCGCAUUUGUUACUCACAGCGGUUUAUUAAGUACAACCGAAGCAAUUCAUUUUGGAGUACCUAUGAUUUGCAUUCCAGUUUUUGGGGAUCAGAUACAAAACUCAAUUAGAGUUCAGAAAAAAGGCAUCGGCGAACGGUUGAGUUUCUUAGAUUUAACCGAAAAUGAUUUGUAUGAAGCAAUAAAGAAGGUUAUCACAAAUCCGUCAUACAAAGAAAAAAUGCAAAGAGUGUCAAAAAUGUUCAGAGACCAACCAUCGAAGCCUUUAGAUCGAGCAAUUCAUGCAGUCGAAUAUGUCCUUAAAUACAAGCCAGGACCAUUGCUAAGAAGCCCCGCUUUAAGUUUAUGGUGGUUCCAACUAUAUAUGCUUGACGUUUUAUUAUUUAUUUUUGUAUCUGUUGUGUUAUUAUAUUUAUUUAUAUCGUUAGUUUUAAGAAAAUUGUUUAUUAGCAAGAAACAGAAUAAAAGAAAAACUGCUUAA